AUGUCAGCAGAGCGGCCUUCAACACCUCCGCGGCAGAGCCCUGCGGGGCCUGGGCAACUCCCUCGAGGCCCCAUUACUCCCGAGCAGCAGCGGAAGAUUGAAGAGAAUCGCAUGAAAGCCAAAGCACUGCGGGAGCUGCGAGAAGCUGGGCGCUCGUCACCCGCCACUACAGGACCCCGAACCUUACAAGCCACCCAAGGAGUUAAACGCUCGUUCAACUCGAUGACUGCAUCCAACCCUGCAUCGAUGCGUGAUGCGCGCUCAGAUGCGCCCUCGGCUAAUCGUCCGCUGGAUACGAUUAAACCUGCCCGCAACUUCACUUCCUCAUAUGUUGACUUUGAUUUCAGUAAGAUGACUGAUACGAAGGGUGGAUUCCUGAGCCAUGAAGAUGAUCCAUUCAAUAAGGCGCUACAUGUCCCCGAUGGGAAGGAACAAAAGCCAGCGCAUAUGACACAGAAGGAAUGGGAGCGUCAUCAACUACUAUUGGCCUUAAAGCGGAACCAUGAAGGGCCUUUUGAGCCCGGCUUGAGUGUACUGGAUGACAAGACCAAGCAAAAGGUCUGUCGCGAAUGUGGUAGUCUAGAAAUUGACUGGAAAUGGGAAGAGGAGCUCCGAUGCCGUAUCUGUCAUGCAUGCAAAGACAAAUACCCGGAGAAGUACAGCCUCCUCACCAAGACCGAGGCGAAAGAAGACUAUCUUCUUACUGAUCCUGAGUUGCGAGAUGAAGAGCUUCUCCCCCGUCUCGAAAAACCCAAUCCGCACAAGUCAACUUGGAAUAACAUGAUGCUGUAUCUUCGGUACCAAGUCGAGGAAUAUGCGCUAUCGGAUAAGAAAUGGGGCUCCGCUGAGGCGCUGGAUGCCGAAUUCGAACGGCGCGAAACUGAUAAAAAGAAACGACGUGAAGCCAAGUUCAAGACCAAGCUGCAAGACCUAAAGAAACGCACCCGAGUUGAAGCCUACCGUCGCAAUCGACAAGGGGCUUCUGGUGGUGAGUUUGGGGAUGACCUCAGUAGUAACCGGAAACAUGUGCACGAAUGGGGUCGACCCAUCGAUAAUCCUGAGACGGGCAUGCCGGUUAAGACGUGUGUUGGCUGUGGCAUGGAGGUCGAAGAAUUGGAGUUUUGA